AUGCUGUCUACCUCAGAUUGUCUCAAAAAGGACCGGGGAAAGACAUCUGUUCCUCCACCCUACUGGGAUGAAAUAAAGCGUGCGGUGUUGAUUGAUAGGAGGGGCAAAAUUAAUCUAAAUGCCAUGAUUGCCCACUUUCUUCGCCAAGGACGUCUUGGAAAACAUGAUGCUUUGAGUAUAAUUCAAAAUGCAUCUGGGACUUUGCGUGCUGAGCCAAACGUAUUAACUAUCGAUGAUGAUUCAAUUACUGUGGUGGGCGAUAUUCGUGGUCAAUUCUAUGAUAUGGCAAAGAUCCUUCGAAUGGGAGGUAUGUUUGAUGAGAAGAAGAAAUAUAUCUUCCUUGGGAACUACACCGAUCGUAGUUUUUUUAGUUGUGAGUGUAUAUUGGUUUUACUUGCAGCAAAGCUCAAUUUUCCUAACUCUGUCUUUUUGCUUCGUGGGAAUCACGAAUCUCGUUUGAUGACGGAUUUUUUUGGCUUUCAAGAGGAGUGCAUAAGGAAAUAUAACGAGCAAGUUUAUCGGUCGAUCAUAGAGGCUUUUGACUGUUUACCGUUAGCAGCCUUAGUGAAUAAGCGCUUUUUUUGCGUUCAUGGUGGCCUUUCACCGGAUGUGCUGCGAGUAAGACACGUUGAACGUAUUCACCGCUUUAGAGAACCUCCUUCAAAAGGUGCUAUGUGUGAUUUGCUAUGGUCAGAUCCCCUUUGGGAUGUUGAAAAUCCAUCAUCAGUUAGCGGAGGAUCAAAGGGUGAUUACUAUACCCCUGGCACAGGUCCAUCUUAUGGGUCCACACCUCGUUUCCUAGUUAAUGAACAAAGAGGAUGUAGUUAUUUGUUCAAUUUCUCGAGCCUAAAACAUUUUCUUAUGAAGAAUACACUUCUUUGUGUUAUUCGAGGUCAUGAACUGCAAGAUGAAGGUUACAAGCUUUAUCGAUUCAAUAGUACUUCGAACUUCCCAUGCAUGAUGUCAGUAUUCUCAGCUCCCAACUAUUGCGGUACGUUUGAUAACAAAGGGGCUGUCCUUCGUAUUGAGGGAGAAAAGGUGAACGUGACGCAGUUUUUUUCCUCACCACAUCCCUAUGUUCUUCCAAACCACAUUAACGCGUUUCAUUGGUCCUUUCCUUUUUUGACGGAAUGUCUUCGCGAUGUGUUUGCUUCACUUCUAACCGAGGGGUAG